CGUCGCUUUUUCCGAUUUCGCUUCGACGAACAACGAUUUUAAAAAUGGCCGACGCCUCUGGUUCUGGGACAUCCCCAAAAAUUGAUGCAGAAAGGCCACCAUUCUCGUCGCUCAAUCUUUCUGACCAGACGAACAAUGCCCUCGCCGAGAUGGGAUUUACCAACAUGACGCCCGUACAAGCAAAGUCGAUACCUGUCCUUUUGACGGGAAAGGACGUCCUAGGUGCUGCACAAACUGGCUCAGGGAAAACCCUUGCAUUCCUUAUACCUGCAGUCGAAUUUCUGCAUCGACUAAAAUUCAAGCCCAUGAACGGAACGGGAAUCAUAAUCAUCACACCGACUCGAGAGCUUGCAUUACAGAUAUUUGGGGUAGCAAAACAACUGAUGGAGCAUCAUUCGCAAACUUUUGGAAUCGUCAUGGGGGGAGCAGCAAAGAGAGCAGAAGCAGAGAAAUUAGUGAAAGGCGUGAACCUCCUGGUUGCGACACCUGGAAGACUUUUGGAUCACCUACAGACAACGAGAGGAUUCGUUUAUCGAAAUCUAAAAGCCCUGGUUAUUGAUGAAGCAGAUCGUAUAUUAGAGAUUGGUUUCGAGGAGGAGAUGAAAAGAAUAAUAUCCAUCCUACCGAAUGAAAAUCGUCAAUCGAUGCUAUUCUCAGCAACGCAAACUACAAAGGUCUCCGACCUCGCACGAAUAUCGUUACGACCAGGCCCCAUCCACAUCGAUGUUGCUAGAACACAGGAAUCCAGCACAGUGUCUACCCUGUCGCAAGGAUACGUCGUGUGUCCUUCAGACAAGCGGUUCUUAUUGUUAUUUACAUUCCUGAAAAAGAAUUUGAAAAAGAAGGCCAUCGUCUUUUUUUCGAGUUGCAAUUCCGUCAAAUACCAUUCGGAGCUUCUCAAUUACAUCGACGUCCCCGUGUUGGCAUUACAUGUUCGUUCUCACGGAUCUCUCCUCCUAUCGUUUGAUAUCUACAUACCUUUCAGGGAAAGCAAAAACAGCAAAAACGAACCAACACCUUUUUUGAGUUCAUCAAUGCCGAGGCUGGAAUAUUGUUGUCGACGGACGUUGCAGCUCGUGGGCUUGACAUCCCCCGUGUGGAUUGGAUCAUCCAGUAUGACCCACCGGAUGAUCCUCGAGAUUAUAUUCAUCGAGUUGGGCGUACCGCACGAGCAGGCAAGGUCGGAAAGAGUCUGCUUUUCCUUUUGGAAAGCGAGCUCGGAUUCUUGCGGUAUUUAAAGGAGGCCAAGGUGCCCUUGAACGAAUUCAGCUUCCCUACCGACCGUGUUCACAAUGUUCAAGCUCAGAUGGAGAAGCUACUGGCCAAAAACUAUUAUCUGCAUCAAUCCGCGAAAGAUGGUUACCGGUCGUAUCUACAGGCUUACGCUUCAUAUUCGCUGAAGAAGAUAUUUGAUGUCAAUGCACUUGAUUUGGCCAAAGUUGGGAAGUCGUUCGGUUUUGCGGUUCCACCGCGCGUAAACGUGAAUAUUGGUGCGUCAAAGGGACCUAACGUUUCGUCGUCUGGACGCAAGCGAAGAAGAGACGAUGAGAAGGGUGACGAGGAAGUGUUUGAGGAAAUCACCGAUGCUCAAAAUAUCGAUGCAGCGGAGAAUGAAGAUCAGGCAGAAGAAGGACCUCGAUCGAAGGCACGACGCCAGGGAAAACAACGGCGGAUAGAAACUUUGGGAAAGAAGAAGGUUGAGAAGGAGAUAUACACGAAGGGAAAGGAUCGACAAAGAAUGAAAGAGGGGACUCAAUGGAGUAGAUAGCCCUUUUCUGAUGUUUUCUGUUCUACUUAUUGGGUAUAUGAUACUUCGACGAUUACCUCGUUCCAUGGCACGCAUUAGCAAGGGGCC